UUGGAAGGACCGUGAGUCAUUGGGGUAGGCACGUUGGGACAGUCAGCUGGAUGUUGGAAUCUGCGGCAAUGGAAUACUGAGGCGCUGGACAUUCGGAGGGACAAAGGGAAAUGGAACACUGAGGAGCGGGACAUUCAGAGGGAAAUAGAAUUAGAGGAGGGAAGAUUCGGACAGCCAGACGUUCCGCUAAGAUCAUUACUGCGGACCCACAAUGAGAUUGGGAGCUCCUCAUUGAUUCGGUGCUGAGGCGGCUUCCGGGGAGCACUGGCUGAACCGUCCUACUCAAGUGUGCUGCAGUAUUGCACUUGGUCAAUGUUUACAGAAGUCAUUUGACAGAAGAGAAGUUGAAUUGGCAGCGAUGGCUCAAGACAAGAUAAGGAACUUUCGUUUCCAUUUGACAAGCUGCAAAUAGAAAGAGCUAAGGUUUACCUUUUGAAUUGAUUGAAAAUGUGGAAAAGGAAACUUGUGUUUUUCACCUUAUUUCACCAUUACUUAAAACUACAAUGAAUAAUGAGGAAAACAGCUCAGUAAUUUGCAGAGCUCAUGGAGGACCAAUCUGCAUCACCUUCACUGUUGCUCUGAAUGAGGAUUUAUGCAAUUACCUCGUAUUUAUCUGGAGCAAUUAUGAUCACUCCUGCCUUUGAAUUAAGUCAAGAGCCUAAUUUCCUCACCAUCACAAUCCAUGUCCCAUAUGCAAAAGUUAAUGAAGUUGACCUAUAUAUUGAUGGAGUGGACUUCAAAUUUUAUGCGAAGCCAUACUUCUUAAGAUUAACUCUUCCAGGAAGGAUAGUGGAGGAUGGCAGUGAAAAGGCUUCAUAUGAUACUGAUGCAGGAAUCUUUACUAUAAAGGUUCCAAAAGAGACCCCUGAAGAAUACUUUGAGGGGCUGAAUAUGCUGACUGCGCUUUUGGCACCAAAGGGUUCAAGAUCUGCAAAGCCACUGCUGGAAGAGAUAGGGCACUCCAUCAAUGCUGAAGAGGAGGAAGAUCAGGAAAAAUUUGACUGGGAAAUUGAGCAAACUCCCUAUGUGGAACUGGGAGGAAAUGUUAUAAACUGGAGCUGCUUCUAUGGCUUUGGAAACCUGAGAUCAGGAGUCUUCAAAAGAUUGCAGCAUGAACUCAGUGAAGUGAUUGACCUGAAGGAACCAGAUAGCACCACAAUGGUUGAACGUCGGCAGAAGCGGUUAGCUGCUGAAGAGGCCAAGUUUGAUUCUGAUCAUUAUCUUGCUGACCUGUUUGAGGAUGAUGCUAUUCAGCACUUAUUGAAGUAUGAGCCUUGGUGGACAGAAACUCAGAAGAGAAAAGAAGUGAAGAAAACCCAGAGUGAACAACAUUUGAUAGAGCCAGGAAGCCAAUUUGUCAAAUUUUCUGAAGAUGAAAAGAAACAGUUGCGGAACUUCACCAACAAGAAUUACCUGUUGGAUAAAAAGUCUUGCCAAAAUAUUUGCCUCAGCCUGCUUGACAUUAUCCUUGCGUUUGCUUAUGAAGUCCGCAGUACUGAAGGGGAAACUAAUGCUGAAUCCUCAUGGAACAUCUGGAAACUGAGCGGGACGCUAUGUUGGCUUGAAACUUACCAUUCUCUUCAAGAAGUUCUUGUAUCCUUCAGCAGAAGAGUUCUGUGUUAUCCCUUGUACAGACAUUUCCACUUGGCUUUGAAAGCUGUUGAGGAUGCAGUGUUAAUACUUCAGCUGGGUAAGUCCGCUGUUCUGAAGUGCCUGCUAGGCAUCCAUAAGAUCUUCAAAGAGAGUGACCCUGCAUACCUUCUUAAUGACCUCUACAUCACAGACUACUGCAUUUGGAUCCAGAAAGUCAAGUCAAAGAAGCUUGUAUCCUUGGCUGAGUCACUGCAGAAUAUAAAAGUCACAAAGAAUGAUUUGGGCUUUGAACUGGAGGAACUGGAGAAAGCAGCACUAUUAGUUCAGGAGGAAGAAAAUGAGAUCAAACCAAGGAAGAUUGGUCCCCAAUCACUCCCAUCAGAAAGUGAGACAGAAGAGGAUAAUGACUCUGAGGAAUCGAGUAGCUUAAACUUUGAUACAGGGGAGUCUGAUUCAUACGAAAACAGUUUGCCUAACUGUAGUAGUUCUGAGGAAAUGCAUGGAAAGGGUUUGUGUCAUGGAACAGAGGCUGACUGUGUAACUGAGGUAAAGGUUAAAGAGGGUUUGAUCAAAUUGAAGUGUGGUGAAGAAACUGUGCACAUGGAUGCCCCACAGUAUCCAGAUGAAUACCCAUUGGGAGAGACUCCCACUGCUAAAUCGCCUCCAAAAAGAUUGAUAGAAGAACUUGCAGAUCAGUUGCAGUCAGUAGGGUUUUCAGAGCACUGUGAAAAAUCUGCUGUUGAGAAUUCGGAGCACAAACCAACAAGCCUGCCUCUUCAGAGUUUGGCACGGUAUCAGCAUUCACAGACGACCUCACAGCAGACUUUCUUAGAGGUGUCUCCUAAGAGGAAUUGCCUGCUGCUCGUUGCAGAUCCUGAUAAUACUGAGGAUUUUACAGACCUGGCAUGAGUCCAGGUUGCAUACUAGAAAAGAACAAACUGAUUUAUGUGCAAGUGGCUGAUGCUGGUCAAUGUAUUUGUUAAAUCAUUUCACAAAUGGAGAAUUUGCUCUUAAAUGCUUUAGAUUUUUUUCAUAUAUUACCAGAUUUAUAUGUGUGUAACUAGAUUACUUCUGUCUUCAAAAUAAAAGCUGUUGUCAUAA